UGAUACUGUCUAUAAAAGCAACUUUACCACAGAUAUAUCGAGUGAUGUGCGAUCAGUCGCAAUAAUUUCGAGACAACUUUCUUAUUAGUCGUUUUAAUGCGGUAUUGACGAUUUCCAUUUAAGGAGAUUGCUCAUAUAACUCCAAUAAAAGUGUGUGUUUGUAGUAUCGGGUGGGCUAGUAUGAGCUAUGAAAAAAGUUCCCACUAACUCGACUUUUAAAAAAUUCAUUCGUAAAUUCGGAAAACCUCUACUGGCAUUUGAAAUAGGAUUACUUGGCUGCUCGUACUUAUUCUGGCGCCGCAUGAACACGGACCCAGAGUUCCGCUGGUACAUGCACUUGAACUAUCCCUCAGUACUUGAAGGUUACUACAGAAUUGGAGAAAAUAUUUCAGUAAAAUCUCGAAUUAUUCGCGAAACAGAUUUAAUGACUUGGGGAAAAAUAAAUCCUAAGUCUGAAUGAUUUUUAUUUUUGCUUAAUGGCUUUCGCUAAAAUUAUAUUAAUGUUGAUUGGCGGGUCUGGAGCUGGAUACGCUUUGUUGAAAAUUGUUACACCUUCCGAUAAAGAUUUUGAGAAGAAAUUCCCUUUGCCUGCACUUGACAACUAUCGCCCGUUCCUAAAAAAAUCCGCUAAAUUUGAAGCAAAAAAUAAAUCAAGUGACUCUAUGUCUGACUCAGAAACUGCGAACGCAAAAGAGUCACCCAGGAAAUAACAUCCGGCUGCUAUGGACACACCAGAAGUGAUAGAGAGCCUCGGAGGCGGAAAUCUUACCGAUCGUAUUUCAAAGCGCGAUCGCGAGCGCAGGAACGUAAUCGAGCGCAGAAAGGAGGAGAAGCAGCAGCUGAGUGUCGAGUCAGAGCAGCUGAGCUUCUUCCAGGAGACGUUUUACCUCACCUGCAACAAAGUCAAAGACAUGCUGGACUCGGCGCCCCUGGCUCAGACUUCCGCGCUUCCGGGAAUCUUCGAUAAAAUAAACAAAGAAAUCCAGACCCUGUGGAACUACUUGUCCCAGUCAAAGAUAUUCCUCAAAGUCUACGACAUUCGUCGGGCCCAAGAAACCCUCCAACGCCUCGAGACCGAGGCCGCCGACCUGGAGCUCAAGCUCCUGCCCAAGAAGAAGUUUGGUUUCAAAAACCGGCGGCCUGCUAAAAAGCCAUCAGAUAAAUCCCUGGACGUCACUGACGGACUGAAGAACCUCAACCUGGCAGAGACAGUGACCUCAAAUGGAGCAACAAAGCAGCACAAUGAACUAAUUAGUAAGUACACCGACAGUGCAAGCAGUAUAAUUGGCAAAUCAGACCUCACCCUGACGUUAGACGCCGAAAAUGUAAACAAGAAUGACGUUCUAUUGUCUGAUUUAACUCGAUGCAAUGUGCGCAUUUACGGUGCGCCGAGUACCGUACACAUGAUUAAUCUUAAGCAAUGCCAAGUACUCAUUGGACCAGUCUCGUCAUCUGUAUUUGUUAGCAAUUGUGACUCAUGUACCUUUGCAUUUGCAUGCCAGCAAUUACGUUUACACUCGUCGACGGACUGUACCAUCUAUCUCCAUGUUACCAGUCGCGCUAUCAUCGAGGACUCGACUAAAAUAAAAGUCGCGCCGUACAGUUGGAGUUACGAGGACCAGCAAAGUCACUUCAAUCUGGCUGGACUCGACGUUAAAACCAACAACUGGGACUCCGUUGACGACUUCAAUUGGCUUUCCUCCGAAAAACAUUCGCCGAAUUGGUCAGUCUUGAAACCGGAGCUCAGGGUCAAAUUCUGGGAUUGAAAUUUUACUUUUUUUACCUAAUUAUUAUUAUUAUACAUAUAUUUUCGACUCUCACAGUGGAUAAGUUGGCUGAUUAAAUCUUAGAUAUUUUAUUUGAAUAUAUUUGUCCAAGACAUACAUAGUAUCUGAUAUUUUAAUCAUGUCAAAUUAUUAAGUAAUAAACACGUGUAUUUUCGCUUUUACACAAUUAAUAAAUGCACGUUAUCUUUA